AAAGCAAAUCUAGUGGAGAAGUGUAUACGUGAUUUAAGCUUGAGUUGGUCUUGGUCGAGUACAUCCAGGCCGAACUGCAAUGAUGAGGAUGUACUGGAAGCACUUCAACCACACCCUAAUUUGGAAUUCUUAAAGUUUGAAAACUUCUUGGGUGAUAAGUUUCCUUCAUGGAUCAUGAGUAAGUUGUCUCUACCCUCUAAAUUUGAAAGAGAUUAAAUUUCAGGGUUGCAAAGAAUGCAAAGAAGUCCCAAAGCUUGGCCAUCUGCCGAAUCUUAGAUCUCUUUACAUUGAAAUGCCAAACCUGGAACGUCUAGGAUCUGACUUUUACGGUUAUGAUCCCCAUGAGGCUACGACAGGUUGUCAGACGAAGGCUUUGUUUCCUGCAUUGAAAAGUUUGAUUAUUCAAUACGCCGGGAAGCUAAUUGAAUGGAGUGAACCACAAGUAUUGUUGCCUACAGUGGUGUUUCAAUCUCUUGAGAAGCUUAAUCUGCAGGGUUCUCCCCAAUUAAGAAGUGCUCCCAGUUAUUUUCCAUCUCUUCAGUCGCUGAGUCUGGUGAAAAUAGAUAGCUGUGUGCCAGUAACAAGUGUUCUAAGCAAACUGACAACUCUCACUUAUCUCCAUAUAUCAGGUGUGAAGGGACUUGACUGCCUGCCUGAAGGGAUGUUAAGGAACAACAAGAAUCUUGCACGUUUAAAGAUAGAUCGUUGUGAGGAGUUAACUUGUAUUGCUCCCCAUGGAUUUAGUUGUUGUGCUUCUCUUCAGUCACUGGUGAUUGUUGGGUGUAAUAAACUGAGGUAUUUACCUGAGGGGCUACUUGCACCGUCUCUAGAGGAGUUGCUUAUAUCUGACUGCCCCAGUCUCGAGUCCAUCCCAUUUACAGAGGGGAUUGAAUACGGCAGUCUUCAUACCUUGAGAAUACUUCAUACCGUGAGAAUAGAGAAAUGCUCUACCCUCACAUCCAUUCCAAGUUUACAGGGCUUCUCAUCCCUUGGUGCAAUAGAGAUUUCGGAAUGUUCUGAACUAUUGAGCCUCCCAAGUGGUCUAAACUGCUGUACCUCCCUUGGAAAAAUAAAAAUACGUAGCUGCAGUAAGCUAAAGUUCAUUUCAAUUGACAGUCUCCCGUCCCUCCGGCAGUUGGACAUAAGGACAUGUAGUAGUCUAGGGUCUAUUGAUGCUUUACAUGGCUUCAGAUGUCUGUAUGAAUUCACAAUCCGAGAUUGUGAUAAAUUGACAAGUGUGCUUGGAUCUUUUCCCAUUCUUCAGUGCCUGGAGAUAAGAAACUGCCCCAGUCUGGAGACAAUUCCAUGUUCAGACAACCUCACAACCCUCAGCAGCUUGAAAAUUUAUAGUUGUGAUGGAUUCAUAAGCAAACUUAGCGAGUUAGCAUCCCUCACCAGCUUGAGAAGAUUGGAAGUUGGUGAUUUUUGCAAGGAGCUCGAUUCAUUCCCUGUCAUACCACAACUUCAGACACUAAUGCUAUCUGGGUGGCCUAAGCUCAAGUCUCUGCAUGAACAUAUUCAACACUUCACUUCUCUGACAUCUUUGAAUAUAAACUCCUUCGACGAAGUGGAGUCUCUUCCAGAAUGGUUGGGAAGCGUCUCUUCUCUUACGGUCCUCAUUAUAGAGCUUUGCCAUAAUCUAAAGUAUCUUCCUUCACGCCAAGCUAUGCAACGCCUCACAAAGUUAAGAUCCCUCUACAUCUGUUGUGACUGCCCUUUAAUUAAAAGAUGCAGGAAGGGCGGUCCAGAGUGGCCCAAGAUUUCUCAUAUUCCAGAUCUCUCCCUUGGGAAAUAUAAAGAAUUGACUGUUUGAAGUUCUGCAUUGAGGCAAGCAAGCUUUUCAAAAAAAUGUUGUUCCUCUCCACUGCUGUGCUGAUCAGGAGAAGAUAUAUAUUAGAAAGCACUCUAAUUGCUGAGCAGAUCAGAAGUAACUGUGGCAACAAGCUGAUGGAUCACCUUGUUCGGAUCCCAUUGCCCCCGGCUUCCCUUUCAACAAGAGAAGCUUCCAGUUGGGUCAUCCGAAUUGUCCUCCAGAGGAAUAGUCAAGGUGACGAAAUUAUAGUUGCAGUUCCCGACUUCCUGGUAUUGGUAACAUCUUGUAUAUUUACAAGGAGGCUUUCACUCAACUGUUCUACAAGAGAUGCAAAACAGUUUCGCAAGUUAUUUGAGGUUAAAGAAAAUCUGCCAGGACGUGAGUCUUCCUUAAUGCCAAGUCAAGAUGAUCAGGAAAAGGGUGUCCCAAUUGUCCUCCAGAGUGUUUCAGGAAAGCAUUUUAACAGCUUGCACCCAAAGCAGCUGGACAUGAUUUUCUCUAUCUUUGUUAUCAUAGAUUUUGUUGGCAACAUCAAAAAUUUGGUUGUGUUGGACUACAAAGAAACUUAGCCAUCAAAUCUGAGAGCUUGGCCGUCUUAUAUGGGCUGAAUCCUACAUGUUAAGGAGCUUCAAUUCCAUGCUUUGAGGAACUUCCUCCCCAUAAAUAGGAGGACUACAUUCCAUUCACUUCUUACUUGGCUUUGCUUCUUAUUUUAUUCAUAGUGAAACCAGUAGCAAAAAACAGUGAUGUAGCCCAAAACUUUGCAGAGAUUUGGAUGAACGUAUAAAUCUUGUGUUUUCAUGGGUGCCAACUGUGAUCGUCUACAACCUCACAGUUACUUGUAUUUUAGAAUCGUCAUAGUAAGGUUCUGCAUUAUAAGUUUUUCUUCUCUUGCUUAUCAGGGAGUUUGUUGGCAGUGUGGAAUCUUUGGUUCUUUUGUACAGAAGAAACUUUUAUC